AUGGAUACAGUAAUUUUAAGGAAAGCAAAAUCAAAUCGUGAUACGGAAAAUUACGAUGAUCCAGAUGAACGUCAGGAUAUACAGAAGAAAACCUUUACAAAAUGGAUUAAUUCACAAUUAACAAAAACAAAAACACCAUUAGUUAAAGAUUUAUUUCAAGAUUUACGUGAUGGGCAUCGUUUACUUGUAUUACUUGGUACAUUAACAAAUAGCCAAUUAAAACCAGAAAAAGGUCGUAUGCGAGUCCAUCAUAUUAAUAAUUUGAAUAAAUGUCUUCAAGUAAUACAAGAACAUGGUAUACGUUUAGUAAAUAUAUCAAGUGAUGAUAUCUGUGAAGGAAAUCCAAAAUUAACAUUAGGUUUAAUAUGGCUAAUAGCUUUAGCAUUUAAUGGACAAAAUCUAGUCAGUUCACAGGCAAGUAAUGGUGUUGAAAAAUCAUUACUUUCCUGGGUUAAUCAAUUUACUGAACCGAAUGGUUUAAAAAUUAAUGAUUUUUCAUCAAGUUGGUCUGACGGUCGUGCAUUUUUAUAUAUAUUAAAUAGUAGCAUACCAGCACAAGUAGAUUUACAAGCUAGUUUGAAAAGGCAUCCAAAUGCAAGAUUAAAAUUAGCAUUCGAUUUAGCACAUAAAUAUUUAAAUAUUGAAAAACUACUGGAUCCGGAAGAUGUAAAUACAAGUAAACCAGAUAAAAAAUCAAUUUUAAUGUAUGUAAUGUGUUUAUAUCAUUCAAUUGGUAAUGUUAAGAAACCAGAUGAAUAUGGUGGAAAAAUUAUACAUCCAGGUGAUGCUUCAGAUUUAGAAGAAAUUUCACUGGGUAGUAGUAAUGUUAUUGUUACAACAGUAAGUGGCGAUUCACCAUUGAGUCUGACAAGAAGUUCAACAUUUACUAUUGCAAAGGGUGAUAAUACGUUACAAUUAAUGGAUGUUAGUAUAGAUGAUCCGAAAAUACCAGAUUUACUUGGUGUAAACGAUAACACGAAACGUAUAUCACGUCCUUUGUCAACUGCAACAAACGCUUCUAUAGAAAUCAAUAAUUAUCAAACAGCUCUAGAAGCUGUACUAGCUUUACUUUUAGAAGAUGAAGAAACUCUAUCGAAAGAUAUCCCAGAUCCAAUAAAUUUUGCUACAGCAAAAGAACAAUUUCACGAUAAUGAAGAUUUUAUGCUCAAAUUAACUGAACACCAACAAUUUGUAGGUGAAGCAUUGGAAGAGGGUUCCAGUUUAAUAAGUGAAUCCCAAAGAACCUCUGGAUUGUCAGCGGAAGAUCAAAAUGAAAUACGACAGCAGAUGGUAUUGUUAAAUGAACGAUGGGAAACUUUAAGACUUCGUGCACUUGACGUUCAAUCGAAAAUUUUAGCUAGACUAGCUGAAUUUCAGACUGAGCAAAUUGAAAAAUUACGUUUGUUUCUUUCUAAUGCUGAAGAUAGAAUAUCUCGUAUGUCAGAUAUUGGUCCAACGUUAAAUGAUUUAGACAAACAGCAAAAAGACUUAGAUCAAUUGAGGAAUGAUUUAAAAGAACAACAAGGUCUUGUUGAUAGUUUAAGUAAUAUGGUUGUUAUUAUAAAUGAUGAAUCAGGCAAUUUUAGUGACCUUGAAGAUAAAUUAUCAGCGUUAGGUGAAAGAUGGGCUCAUGUCAUUAAAUGGAAUGAAACACGCGCUGAAAAACUUCAUCAAUAUAAAAUUAUAACAAAAUGGUUAGACGCUCGGGAACAUGAUCUUAAAACAAUGGAAACAGUAGAACUUCAAGAAUUGGGCACGAUAACAAGACGUAUGAAUGACUUACGCUAUUGUCAAUCCGAUUUGGAAGAGGUUGAACGGUAUCUUCAAGAUCUAAGACAAAUGGUUGAAACAUCAAUGCAAGAAGGACAACAAACUCAAAAUGUUUUACAACAGCUUGAAGGUUUAGAAGAUCGUCUUGAUGCUCUUAAACAUUUGGUUGAAGUGCAAAUUGUACGGAUUGAAGAAAUGGGUUUCAAAUUUCCACAAAAAACUGAAGAACGUCGUAUUGAACGUCCUGGUUCCUGGAUUGACUAUCAAAUGAUUAUUAAAUUUGGAGAAAGCUCUGAUGAUACAGAAUUGUCACCACAGUCGAAUAAAAAAAGAAAAUUACAUAAAACCGAAAAAAUGUAUUUACUUGAGGGUAAAAUUCUUGAAUCAUUUAAUUAUUUAGAAAAUUUGGAAGUUCGACUAAACAAUAUUAAACAUCACAGUUUGAGAAAUCAAAAUGAAGCGUUAGAAAAUGUUGAACGUGAUAUUAAAGAAAGAGAUAGCUUAGUAAGAGAUUUAAAAGAACUGUUAACACAUUGUGUUGUUGAAGCAGAUAUGAGCGGUCAUAAUUUAAGUUUAGAAGAAUCACAAGUUAAACAAAUCGCUGACCGUUACGAUAGUGUACUAAGAAAAUUAGAUCAUCAAAGGAUUGAUACACAACACAUGAUUUCCCGUGAUAAAUUUUAUAAAAGUUUAACUGGUUUUAAAUUAGUUUUAGCAGAUUCAAGAGAUUGGUAUCAACAGCAUGCGAAUACAGCGACAAAACAUGAAUUGGAGACACGUUUAAGUGAUAUGAAUUCAUUAUCGAAAGAAAUUUCUGAAGCUAAAGCAGCUACAGCAAAUUUAACUGAUGAUUUAAAAGAAUGGAAAGAUGAUUUCAAUAUAUUUUAUGAUAGUUGGAUGGAUAUGAAAAAAGCAAUUUCAAGAUUAAUACAAGAGAAAGGUGGUUCAGAAGAAACUAAUGAAAAAUUAUUUUUGUUGCAAGAGUUUGUUGCUGAAAUUGAUGAUUUAAAAGUUUAUGUUAGCGAUUUAUCCAAAAUGAAUUCAAAUCUUGAUAAAUUAAAUAAAUUUAAAGUAAGACGAUUAAAUUUACAACCAGAAUUUGAAUAUAUUCUUGAUCAAAUCGAUCCAAAUUCAAUUAAAGAUUUUAUUGAUGUAUGGGCUAAAUUACCUGAUUGUAUUAAUGAACUUAAUAAAACUGAAUCCUGGUUGAAUGAUUUAGAAAAGAAUACACCAAAAAAUAAAAAUGAAGAAAUAUUAAAUUCUAAUGAAUUAUUUCAAAUAAAAUCAAAAUUUCAAGGAUUAAAAGAAAUGUGUGAAAAGGAAACAAUAAAUUUUUGUGAAUUAAAUGAAAUUGGUAGUGAUCUAUUAUUACAAAUCGAUGAAUUAAUACCAAAAUCAAAAGAUCAAAAAUAUACAUAUUUGGCAAGAAAAUUUACACGUUUAAAUGCACGUUGGAAUGAUGUUACAGCAUUGGUAUAUAAUAGAACAGCAGUAUUGGAGCAUAUGUCAAAUCAAUUGGGUGAAUUUAAAAAAUUGAUAGCUAGUGAAACUGGUUAUUUAGAUAAAUUAGAGAAAAAAUUACGUGAAAGUCCUGAAAAUGCAGCUGAUGCCGAAGAAAUUAUUGAAGAAUUAGAUGACUUAGAGAAUAAUAUACGUAAUCAUUCAGAUGAAAGAUUAGAAAAAAUUCAAGAAAUUGGUGCUGAACUAUCUGAAUUACAAUUUAUGAAGGAUACAAUUGAAGAAGAAGUUAAUAAUUUAGUAGAUAGAUGGAAUCAAUUAGAACAUAAGGCUAAAAAACGUACAGAAAUAUUGGAGCUGGAAGUCACCGAGGCUGAAAGAUCCGAAGAAUGUGUUUCUAAAUUAGAAAAAUGGUUAAGUCGCGUCGAUGAAAUAUUAAGCGAACAUUUAGAAAAUGAUGUUACAAUUGAAGAUUUACCGCACGAUUUUCAGCGGCUUGCUGAAGAAUUCAGAGAUUGUGAGAAAACACUUCACGAAGUACGUGAAUUAAUUCAACAUUAUAUGAAAAAAGGUAAAACAGAAGCCGCAAAUCGUUUGCGUGAACAAUAUGCUUUACUUGAAUCCCGUUUCAAGAAUUGUCAAAUGAAAAUGAAUAAAUGUACAGCACCACAAGCUGCUUACGAAUCCCGAUUAAGUCGUGCUUUAGCUGAAUUACGUAAUGUUGAAAGAACAACUUUGGUACUAGAUGUUGCUUCAGCUGGUCCAUCAUCAGUUCAUGAUCAAUAUUCACAUUGUUUAAAAACUUAUCGUACAUUAUCAGAAAUUAAAAGUGAUAUUGAGACAACAAUAAAAACUGGUCGUAAAGUAUGUGAAGAUAAAUUUACAAAAGAUCCAAAACAUUUAAGUCAAAGAAUUGAUGCUUUAAAACAUUUAUAUAAUGCAUUGGGCGAAAAUGUUACACAAUCAAAAGUGGCACUCGAAGGAAUGAUAAAGUUAGCAAAACAAUUACAAAAUCAAUUUGAAUUAACUGAACAGUCAUUAAGAGCGCUAGAAAUACAAUCGGAUAAAGCAGAUAAAAAUGCAAAAUUCCAAGAAAUUGAAGAGUCAUUAGGUAAAUGUGAUGAUAUUUAUGAUAAAUAUAGUGAAACAUGUGAACCAGUCUAUAUGGAAGAUGUUCGACAAAGAAUUGAUAUGCUAAAAAAGAAAUAUUUUAAAUUAUCAAGUGCUGAUGUUAUUAAACGAUUAAAUGAGAUGAAAAGCACUUUACAGAAUCUGGAUAAUAUUUCAUUGGAGACAUUAAGGACGAUGGAAAGUGAUUUGCAACAAAUAAAUGUAUCAGAUCCAGCUAUUGAAGAGCUGCAUACUCAAGUAAUUGGAAUUGUAAAGGAUACUAUCAAUACAAGAACAGCACCACAAACUCCAACAACGAUAACAGAUCCUCAGGAUCCUGAUACUGAAAUUGUAAUUGUUAGCGAUACGGUAAGGCAACGUCGUGCUAGAACUCCAUCUUCAUCAACCGUUGAUUCGAAUUCAAAUAAAACUCCCGAUCGAUUAUCAGCUUCGUCAACAACUAAUUAUAAUGAAAAUAAUGAAAUUCCAGCAAAGGAAUCGGAUUCAACACAAAUAUCAAAUGCAGAAUCAAAUGCUGAUUGUGACAAAAACAUUGAUUCUGAUUCCGAUCAAAAUGGUAAUGUAAUGCCAGAUUUAUUACCAAAAACCUUCCAUUUAGCUGAAUCGAGUGCAUUAUUUUCACAAAUAUCAAGUGGGCAAAAUAUUCAGGAAAUGCAACAGAAUAAAUUUGAUCCGAAAGAAAUUGAGAAUUCAGUUCAGCAACGUCAACAACAGCAGCAACAACAGAAUGUUGCUAUUGUUGAAGUAGUCGAAAAAGAUUUACAACAUCAUAAAAUGUCAGUUUUGGCAAAUGUUGUACAAAUAGAUUCAUCUACAUUAGAAAAUGAUGAGAACAGUGAUAAUGAUGCAAAAGAUAAUGAUAAUAGUAAAAAGCAGGAAACUGUUUUAUUAGAAACAGUUAAUACUCUAGAGGUGGAAUUUGUUGAAACAGUUGAUCUAUCUGAUGGUAAUUCUGAUACAGAUUCAUCAAUAAAAUUGGAAGGUGGUGCUGCUAGCAGGAGUAAAACAAGUUUAGAAAAUAGUUUAAUUGAAUAUGAUUCAGAGAAGGAAUUAGAAGAGGCUUUCAAUAACAAUAAUAAUGAUAUUGAAAUGAGAGAGGGUAAUAAUCAAGACGGUAUUCUAAAAAUUGAGCGUCAACGUAUUAGUUAUGAUGAAAAGGAACAUCAAAGUACUGAUAACGAACGAGAUAUUUUAAGAGAUUCUGAAGAUGAUGAAUUUGUUUUAGUUAUGGAAGUUUCAAAUGAAUUGGUAGCUGCACCAAUAUCAGCUGAACAUGAUUCAAUUGAAACGUCAUUUACACCUGUACAUCGAAGUCCAAAAACACCAAAAAAACCGAAGAGGCUUAAAUUAUGUAAUAAUAGCAUUAAUAAUAUUAAUAACAAUAAAAAUAAUAGUAGUAGUAAGAAAAAUAAUGAGAAAGGUAAUAAUGAGCGUGAUAGCUUUUAUAAUUCUGAAGAAAAUUUAGAUGAACCGCUUGUGUUUUCUGAUGAUGAAGAUAUACCCAGAUUUUCAUUUGAAAUGCCAACUGGAUCAGAUAGUGAUAUGAGUCGUAUUGAAACACCAAAAUCAAAAAGUUCAAAUAUUAAAUUUACAACAGCACCACAAUCCCCAUCAUUAAAUACUAAUAUCGGUGUUAAUAGAGGUAAUAAUAACAAUAGUAGUAGUAGUAGUCGUAAUAACGAUAAUCAUGAUAAUUCGAAUAUAACGUUAACGUGGCCACGUUAUGAGCUUUAUAGAAGUUCCACCUCUUUGGAACAAAGAGUACAGGAAUUUGAUAAAACUGCUAAAUAUAUGAUACGAAAGCUGGAAGCAACCAAAGAGAAAAUUGAUGCCAGCAACGAUAACGAAAGUGUGAUUGAAAAUUUAAAAUUAUUAAUUGCACCUGAUGCAGCUACAUUAAUAUCACAGGGUGAUACAUUAGUUUUAGAAACUCACGGUAAACCUGGUGGACUAUCACAAAUUGUUUUGAAAGCUCAAACAAUUUUACGUGAAAAAUUCCGUGAAGUUCAACAAUCAAAAACUCCAAAAUUAUCAACCAGUGCGGAAGCGAUAAAAGAUAUUUCAGAAGAUCGUAAUGAUUUACAAUCAAGCCCUAUUGGAAUAAAAGUUUCCAAUGAAGAAAUUAAUAUUGAUGAAUUAGUAGCAAAAGGAUGUAAGAGAAUUUAUGAUCUAAUUGAUAAACCAUUAGACCGCAAAUCGGAAUCUGAUCUGAAAAGAAGGAUUUUUGAAAUUAAUGAUCGUCGAGACGAUUUAAAAUUGGCAUUUAAUGCUGUUGGAAAAUCAAAAAAUUCAACAACAAAAAAUAAAAAAGCUUAUGACGCUUUGGAAAAGGCAAAAAGAGAUUUAGCAAUACAUUCAGAUUCUGUUGAAACUUCAUUAGCAAAUUUACAAUACGAACACGAAAUCGAAGAAGAUCAAAGAUUUGAAAAACAAUUAACUGAAGGUGAAUUAAUAUUAAAUGCUAUGAAUAUAUCAUCAAAACCGUCAUCAUCAUCAUUAAAAGAAAUGGAUCAUGUAACAUCAGCAAGAAGAAGUCCUAAACCAAAGGAAUCAUCAUCUUCCUAUGUACCAGGAUCAUUUUCAGCAAAACAACAACCAUCGAAAUCAAUUAAACUUUCACCUUCAAAUUUAACUGCUACUUUUGAUAAAUCCGUUUUACAGAUAUCAGAUUGGUUGACAUUAGAACGGAAUAUGAUCAAAAGUCAGAGCAUUCCAGUUGGUGAUAUUGAUGCGAUUCGGAUAGCUAUUGAAAAGCAAAAGAAUGUUUUACGAGAACUAGAAGUAAAGAAACCGCAAUUAAAUGAACUUGUCCAUACAGCUGAAACACUCAAAACUGAUGUUAAUCGGCAACAAUUACAAGAAAAAGAUAGUUUAAAUGAAAGUGAAAGUUUUCCCUCUAAAUUAUUUAAUUUUAAAAGCCAACCAACUUUUCUAAAAACAACGUUAUUUGGAAAAUGUUGA